UUAUCUCUUCGCUUACUGAAAGAAAUCGAAAAAUUAUUUUGCAUUGUCACAAUCAUUAUCGCUCACUUUUAGCAAAAGGUAAAGCUAAAAAUAAAGAGGGAGAUUAUAUGCCUUCAGCAGCAAAUAUGUAUUUAAUGAAAUAUUCCAAAUCUUUGGAAUCUUCAGCAAAGGAAUGGGCUAAAAAAUGUACAAUUAGUCAUUCUCAUGGAAAAUUUGGAGAAAAUUUGUUUAUGUCAACGAAUAGAAGAUUGUCUGAUUGUGGGUUUAAUACGAAUUAUUAAUUAAUAAAUUAAAGGUCGGACUGAGACGAGAUCUCAUAUCUCGUUUAGAAAUCUCGGUUAUCAAGAGAUUCUCUCUAUGAGAUAUCGAUGUCGAGUGCGAUCGUUUCUCAGGUUUCCAUGGUGUGCGGACAUAACGGAACGGAUAUAUCAGGAUUGGGGUGACAAAAAUAAUUUCUCGUGUGUUUACGUUUGUCUAAACUUAAAAACUCUAUUCCUACUAUCCAAGACCCAGUG